AUGUCGUCCGACGCGGAGGAGGUGGCGGAAGACUACCGCCAUGCUUUGGAGGACCUGUCCUCGAACAUGCGGUUCGAGAUCAGCAACCUGACUGUGAUUGCUCGCGAGAACACGGAGCACGCCCUGGCCAUCGCCGAAGUGCUCCAGCAGCACAUCCUCAAGGCCGCUCCCAACAAGAAACUCCCCGCCCUGUACGUCCUGGAUUCGAUCGUCAAAAAUGUCGGCACGCCGUACACGCUGUACUUUGGCCGCAACCUCUUCAAGACCUUUAUGGAGUCAUACGCCGUCGUCGACCACAACAUCCGUCGCAAGAUGGAAGAGAUGCUCAAGACAUGGAAAGACCCGGUUCCGGGGUCCAUGGACACCCGCCCUGUCUUUUCUCAUGAGCUGGUGCGCCCCAUCGAGAAUGCUCUGAUGAAGGCGAGAGCAGCGAGCAUGCCUCAACAGGGACCCAUCCCCGGGAGACCACGAUCCGCACUGCUCCCGAAUCGAAACACACCGACACCGCCAGCCAUGCGUGGACAGGCACAACCGCCACCAGUACCAUACCCUCCUCACCUUCACCAACAGCCGGUCAACGGCGGACGCCCUGGCGAGACUGCGCCGGCUGCCUUUGGUUUCCCCGUGCAGCAACAGCAGCAGCCGCAACAACAGUACCCGCAACACUCAACGCCUCAGCCGGGCAUGCCCGCCCAGGCCCUCUAUCAGCCUCCGUACCCCGGUGCGUACGCACAGGGGCCUCCGGCUCCGGCCGGGAUAAGCGUAGACACGUUGAGCAAUGACAUCCAAAACCUGAUUGUUGCGAUGAAGGCCGAGUUCACGCAGAACCCGCAUGAUGCCGGCGUUCAGAACAGAUUAAAAGCGCUGCUGGACCUGCAGGGGGUGAUGCAGCGGACGAGUCUUCCCCGGGAUCAGCUUGAGCUCAUUAAGAACAAAGUAACUGAACUUGCUGCCGUAACAUUGAGGCCUGCGUCGGCCCCGGGCUCUACUCAAGGCUCGACCCUCGUACCGCCGAUGGCACACGUCGCAGCGCCGCACUCUGCUUCUGUAACCCCAGCACCGGCGGCGGGCAAUGGCAACGCGCCGGUGACGUUGGACGGCCUGCUUGGCCACGGUGCUCUGGCAGCUCUCCUGGCGCGGCAGUCGGCCACGCCUCAGAACACGACGCCUAAUCCUCCAUACGCGAGCCAGGCGAUCCGCUCACCGCCGCCGAUUCAGGCCGAGCAGGCAAAGCCGUCCGCCCCGGCACAAGCACCGAGUGCAUUGUCUCUGCUCGACCAGCUCCGUCAAGCUGGCGUGCUUCCCAACGCGACUCCGCCAAACGCAGCACCGGCUGUGGCACCACCUCCCCCUGCGCCGGCGUCGAUACUACCACCAAACAUUGCCAACCUGCUGUCUUCGGCCAAGGCUCAAGGGCUGACUGGAUUGGCGCCGCCCGUUGAUCCCGGACUGAGCGCCGCUGCGUUGAAGUCUCAAUUCCGACCUGAUGCUGUUGCCGCCCUCUAUGACAAGUUGGGACCGCCUUGCACUCAGUGCGGCAGACGGUUCCGGACCGACGAGGAGGGCAGGAAGAAGAAAAUGGCACAUAUGGACUGGCAUUUCCGAGUCCACCAGCGCAGCAACGAGGCCGAGAAGAGGGGCACGCACCGGAGCUGGUACGUGGACAGCCAGGAUUGGUUGAAAUCUCGAGAAGUCAUUGACUCGGAUCACGUUGGCACGUCGGACAACUCGACGUCUCAGACAGUCGAGGUUGACAAGGGACCGAAGUACAUUCCCGUCCCGGACCCUAGCAGUGGCAUUAACACGGUGUGCCCAAUCUGCCAGGAGAGGUUCGAGAACAAGUGGCUGGACACGGCGCAGGAGUGGGUGUGGCUCGACGCCGUCCUCGUCGGCAACCGGGCAUAUCAUGCCUCGUGCCACGCCGAAGCGACUAGAGAUCGCGAGGGCACGCCGGGCGUGUCGCGUCGGACACCUGAGCCCGUACUGGGCAAGCGCAAGGCGGAGACGAGCAUCUCGUCGCCAAAGAUCCGGACCAUGAAGACGUCUGUUUAG